AUGACCACCAGGAAAGUGCGAUACAAGAAACUCAACAUCAAAACACCCCUCCCCGUCCUCCGAGAACACCAGAUAGAUGCCAACGAAUACGAAUCCCUUACAAACGAAGCACAAAUAGUCACUGGCGUCGAGUUAGGUGAAGAAAAUGAGUACCAUCUUCAGGCCGCCCUUAAGGGUGUCGGCGCUAGCGUGGACAAUGAAAUCCCCGUCCCCCCACCACAAAAGAGUGUGGAGGCCGAUUAUGAUGAACUAUAUCCCACGCCAUAUGUAGAGCCUCGCAAUUAUAUUAAGUUUUCAGAUACGGUCGAGGAGACCUUGAAAGGGAGUCUUUAUGACAUGACCACUGAAGACGACGAGUUUCUUAGACAUCACAACUCAAAGAGACCUGCUAGUGCUCACCUAUCUGAGGAUGAUUUCGAGCGUAUCAUGGAGGUAUUUGAGGAUACUGCCGCCGAGAGCGCACCGUAUGCAGACGUUGACAACACGUUUGUGCCAUAUGAACUGAUGUCUCAAGCGAUAACUCAUCAUAUACGAGAAAAGUCUGUCCAGGGCCAUGCCAAGGCCAUAUAUGAGUACUGGAGGGGUCGUCGACAGGCUACUGGCAAUAAAUCUCUUCAUCCUUCACUCAAGUUCGAAACACAUCAAGAACAUGACGAUAUGGAUCCUUAUGUCUGCUUCCGAAGACGCGAAGUUAGACAAACAAGGAAGACGAGGGCACGGGAUGUGCAAGUUGCCGACAAACUGAAAAAGCUCCGUAGAGAACUGGAAGACGGACGUCAGCUGGUAGUAUUCGCUCAUCGGCGAGAAGUUCUCAAGCGCGAGUUGCUUAAGACCGAUAAACUGGUUUAUGAGCAACGAGCCAAGCUGAAGGAAACCAAGAUAAAACUUAACAUCAAGGCGGACGAUGACGACUUAGUUAACACCAAGCCGCAAAAACGUCCCAAGACGGAGGCUCAACAGCCACCGCGUGUUGCCCCUCACAAUCAGCUUCGUAUCGCUGUUCGUCCGGAUGGUGGUCGUUCGAUGGAGCCUGUCGAGCUCAGCCUUUUGCGAGAUAAGCAGGCUGAAAGACAACUUGAACUUCUUAACAACAUUGAGCUCAAGGUCCAGGAGCACCGCCGGUGGAACUCGAAUUAUAUUGACUUGACAGCUGACCCGCUGCCUCCUGUGAAGGAAGAGCAGGAACAGAAAUUCAGACCUGCCAAAACAACAUAUUUAAUGACACCUCCAGCCUCUGCGUCAGAUUCAAUGGAGACUGAUGAAACGCCACCAGCUCCCGAAAAAUCAAUAGCUCCUUUUGUCUUCAAAGCUGCCUCCGUAGAAGAUUCGGAAGAAGAAGAAAUGCCUUCAUUCCGUCGCCGAAUCGGUCGCUUAGGUCGUUUAUUUAUUGACCGGCGCCCUGGCAAGUCGCGAACCGGACUGAGCAGUCCUUCUCGUGAGGACUCGGUUCAAAGCGAUCGUUGGAGGUACGACGAUGAUGACGAUGAUGACGAGACACCCGUGUAUAAGAUCGAUACGAAUAGUUUGCGCCAAAUGAAGUUUCGUUCAACUAUUCCACCUCCUGCUAGUCUCCUUAGGCGACCGGGCUUGGAUAUGGCACAGCUUCAAGCUGGCAAUCGACCUGCAUUGCCACCAGCACAGGCGGCACUUCUACAAGCAGCGCAGGCUCAGGCACAGGCGAAAGCGCAGGCGCUAGCAGCUCAGAGCCCAAGCACACAGGUAAAUGCAGCGCAACCUGUAGUAACUCAGCAGGCCUCUGCACAACCCCCGUAG